AUGUUUACUACUUUUACCACAACAAUGACGAUUGAAAUUAGAAAUGUUACAAUCGAAAUGUAUUUAACACGUAGUCAUUUCUCAAUUUUUAAUUUUCUUCUUAGUUUAUCAAAUAUAGUCUAUCUGUCUGAUUUCGAUAACAAGAACAAUAGCAACAAUAUAUGUUGGAAAUAUGAUAUCCUUGUUGAGAGUUUUAUAUUACUUUUCAAACCAGUUGGCAGUAGUGAAGAGUUCUCCAAUGGCGUUGGCGAUGACGGAGGUGAAAAUUCAAAAGAAUGCUGUGAGGGAAGAUAUAAUCAUAAGAAUCAAGUGAUGUGCACGGGAGAGAUUUUCUCAACAAACAGAUAUCAUUACUACAGUUGCUACGAUGUAUUCUAUGGAUACACAGAGAUCAAUGGUACAUCGGUGCUGGUCUGCGAUCAAUGUAAUUUGUCAACAAUGCAUUGGAUAAAAACAGUGCUCUACUACGUAGUUCCAUUCACCGCUCUACUCAUUCUCAUUGUCGCCGGUACCAUCAUCUCUUGCAUCUACUGCAAGAGAAAGUCACAAGCAGAAUACCAAAAACUACUGAGGGACAGACAAUCGAUUAACGAUCAACAUAUUUCACUUGUAUAUACAUAA